GAGUGCUCGUCGCGGCCCGAACCCAACUCGCAAGCCCUCAGACGCGGGCGGCGCAUCCCACCCGUGCGGCCGCUGCCGCCUCCGCGACAAUCCUCCGCAUCGAUGGGAAGCCGCUCACUGAUAGAAAGAUGGAAUCUGUCUCAUCUCCUGCACUGUGUCUCUCCUCCGAUCCCGACCUGCCAUCCUCCUCUUAUUUCCAGGUCCCGCACCAUCCUUGAAGAUUUUGAUCGAGGGGGAAGAAUCACAGGUUCCCUGCCGCCGAGGCUUUGGUCAAGUGCUAGCCCGAGAAGGUGGACUGCCAGAAUUGUGAAUGGUUUUUAUGCUGGUGGUUUCCGAAAUAUUCACACCAGUCAACCACUUAGCAAUACAGGCCAGGUUGUAAUGGAUCCUCAAAAGGAUACACAAAAUGUGGUACCUGUUAAUGACCAUAGCACCACAAAAGUAAAGAGGAAAAAGUUGAAAGGCAGAAGAGCUGUUGUAAAGUGGCUCAAGUUCUUUAGGUGGAAGAAGAAAAAGGAGUAUGAAAGAAUGACCGCUGAAGAGAAGAUAUUAUACAAAAUGAGAAAGGCUAAAAGAAAGGAAGAACGGCUUGUUGAGGCAUUGAAGAAAAUUGAACCUGCAGACUCAUCAGAGCCUACCCAUGACCCAGAGAUACUUACUCCAGAAGAGCACUUCUACCUCCUCAAGAUGGGUCACAAAUGCAAAAACUAUGUACCCGUUGGAAGGCGUGGUAUUUUCCAGGGAGUGAUUCUCAACAUGCAUUUGCACUGGAAGAAGCAUCAGACAUUGAAGGUUAUCGUGAAGACAUUCACCCCAGAGGAAGUUCGUGAGAUUGCAGCAGAAUUGGCUAGAUUAAGUGGAGGAAUUGUGCUUGAUAUCCAUGAGGAGAAUACAAUUAUUAUGUACAGGGGAAAGAACUAUGCACAACCACCAACGGAGAUUAUGUCCCCGAAGGUUACUCUUUCAAGAAAAAAGGCCCUUGAUAAGUCCAAGUAUAAAGAUGCCUUACGGGCUGUCAGGAGGUAUAUUCCUAAGCUUCAUCAAGACCUUGGUGAUCUACAAGAGCAGAUGAAAAGAGAGGGAGAAAGUAAAAGUAAGACAACUGAAGAAGCUGUUUCAAAUGCUGUUGAUAACAGAAUAAUUUCCGAUUGCCAAAUGAAAAGCUCUGAGGUGCUUGAUGUACUAGAAGAUGGAAACAGUGAGCCAGUUGAAGAUGAUUCGUUGAUGGAAUCAAGUUCUUGGUCAGAGACGGAAGAUCUGUCAGACAUGUUUGAGACAGAUUCUGAUAUGGAGGUGAUGGAGAAAUCAGAGCGUCCUCUGUAUUUAGAUGAAGUGGAAAAAUUUCCAUCAAAUAUUGAUGAGGAGCCAAAGGAUUUUGAGGAGCAUCUACGUCAAAUUGCUGCUGCCUCAAAGCGGAUUGACCUUUCUACUAAAGAUGUAAAACUGGCUGACUUGGAUGCCGUUGAUAAGAUUUUCUUAAGAGCCAGCUCCUUAUUGAAGAAAAGAAGAUAAUGUACAACCUGAAGUACAUGGUUAUUCCAUUAUUCUUCUUAAGCAUAUCAUUUGGAUUCCUUGUCCAUCAUACUUAGCUCUGGAAAAUCUUCCGAGAUGUACUGCACGGAUACUCCCUUAAUUUGUUUAGUAUUGAUUUUCUCAUUGUAUGUCCAAAUUUCUGAGAGAAACUAAUUAAUUUAUUUUACCUAUGUAAACAUUAAAUUUUAGAGGGCUUGAUUCUGAUACUUCUUGUCCAGAUAUAUAUAGAUACAGAAAACAAAUAUAUUCACAUGUCCAACCUGUGUCAGGUAUUUUCCAUAAACAGAUACCAAGUUUCAAUCCUAUGUUUUUCGGAGAACAUUUGAUCUUACGUGCUUUUCAAUCUUCACCAGGUUAAUUCUUGGUGGUUUCCCCAUUCUGCAGGAAUUAGGUUGGAGAAAAGUUCUUUGGAGAUGGUCAUUACUUAUAUGCAAAAUGAACAUGCAAAGCAAUGCAGUGUUUGCGGCUAGUCACAUUGUUGCUAUCUGCUGAGUUUGCUGGUUUCUCAUGAAUAUGGCAUUUCUCAUCUUGUUUGAACAGGAUCUUUAUGCCCAAAGCACAUCGGCUUUCUAAUAUGAUGUGCAGCUGCCUUACCUUAACUCAGGAAUACUUGUGCUUCUAGCAACCAGGAGGGACACCAUGUCAGCAUAUGCAACAUGAGGUCACGAGUGUAAUAUAUCUUACAGAAUGAAGAUGAUGCCAUGAUGGAUUACACUAUAAUGAAUUCUAGGUCAGAAGAGGGAAUGAAUUGUGUUACGAUCUUAACUAAGCAAACAAGUUAACAGUGGCUCUGGACCCUGGAGCUGAUGUUACUUCAACCAGCAGAUACAGGCAGCAGCAGCUCCAGAAAUUUGCUGGUGCCCACAGAUCAGCACCAUUGCUUUGGGCAAUCUUGAGUGUGGAGGCUACUGGCACAAGACACAGGCCACGGCUUCUGAGGCUGUAACAUUCUCUCUCCUACAGAUCACAUCAUAAGUGAUAGCAUGUUAGUAAAAGAGUUCAAAAGCUGCAUUCCCUUAUCGACUUCAGGAUACAACUGAGACUAACAACUCAUACCGUUGCACCAAAAUUUAGCAGGUAGUGACUACAGAUGAGGUGAUCGCCGGAGAUCUCAGUUAUGAGCUCACAAAAGAGAAAGUGAACCUACCAGGAACCGAGGAGAAAAUCUCUGCAAGAUUGAUCAGCAGCAGCACGAAGAAUCUCGUGAUCGAAGCCGUUGGAAUCUGCUCGCCGGAGAUGUCGUGAUCUCAAAGUCGCUCUUGCACUGGAUCAAAACGAAGUGAUGAUAGAAAGAGAGAGAAGAGAGCUUCUGGUAACUACUGAGGGUUUAAGCAUGAGGAGAAGGAUUGGCACAUCUAUAUAAACAGAGAGCUGAGGCAGUGGCAAGAAGUCUUGUGGUGAUUGGAAACGGAGGAAAGAGACCUUCAUGGACUUUUGUGACAGCUAAUAUCCAACCCAUGAGAGGGCCCCUCAUCUCUGCAAGGGUUGAUGUUAGACCGAGCCUUCUGAAGAGGCUUGUCAGGGGUUGAUAGCAUCAAAACCAGCAUUCUGAUACGAGUUCGAACUGCUGUAGCUGGCUCAUUCCACAGUGUGGAUCAUUGGAUUUGCCUAGGUAGUAGAGGCAAAAGAUUGUGCUACAUAUUUAAUUAGAGGAGGUUGUAUUUAUUGAUUUAUAACAGGAUCGUAUUAAUCGUGAAAUUUGAGUCGAUCGGAGGUGAUUUCUUGCAAUUCAUGAUGCACAAAUUACGGGAGAAUAUGUAAUGAUGCGGAAGAUUUCAUUUCUGCUUGA